UUACAAAAGUCACGACACGCCUCCGCGAACAGAACCGUUGGAGAAGCUACGUGCAAAACUGCAUAUAGUGACUUUACACCCAUUUAUGAUCCUCAUAUCAACUGGAAGCUCGUGGACAGUCACAGUUGUUGUCGCUCAGCAGACAAAAUGACUUCUAUAGCUUUGUGCACAAUCAACAGCUCAGCGAGAUCAAUAGCAAGAUUGUGCCAAGUGUCCCGCUCCGCGCAUGGUACAGCUGAUCUCCACUCUUUCGUAGCCCGUUACUCUACCCUCCGUAAAUGUGCCUUUCUUCAGGAAGGAAAAUGGUCAUUCAUAAGAGUGGGAACGAGACAGAUGUCUCAAGCAUCGCCGGGAAGGAUCUCACUCGGACGGUACGGUAGAGGUGUAUUUCUGGCUGCCGGGGCAGCAGCUGUCACCGGGAUCCUCACGGCAGGUGUAAGUCACUUUCAGCGGGCCGAGAUGGCAACGAAGAUAUCCAAGGUUGAUGAAGAAGAGGGGAACAUACGGGAGAGAUGCAAGUCGUUCAUGUCUGUACCAGUCACUGACAUCAAGGUCUUAGAGCAGAGGAAAGACGCGAUGUCUACGAGAAUGGAGAUGCUCAUCAUGGAGACACAGGCUGCGUUCUGUAGAGCCCUCGAGGAGGUGGAUGGAGGCUCGUUCAAGGUGGACAGAUGGAGCAGGAAGGAAGGUGGUGGUGGCAUCAGCUGUGUGAUGCAAGAUGGGAAGGUUUUUGAGAAAGCGGGUGUGAACGUGUCCGUGGUGUAUGGGAACCUCACUGAAGAGGCCGCCAAGCAAAUGCGCAGCCGCGGAAAAGUCCUGAAAGGGAAAGAUGGGAAGCUGCCGUUCUGUGCCAUGGGCGUGAGUUCAGUCAUACACCCAAAAAACCCCCACAUUCCCACAGUGCACUUCAACUACAGAUACUUUGAGAUUGAGGAAGCAGACGGCACAAAGCAGUGGUGGUUUGGUGGAGGAACGGAUCUCACUCCUGUUUAUAUUGAUUUGGAAGAUGCCGCCCAUUUCCACAAGACUCUGAAGGAAGCAUGUGACAAGCACCAUCCUAAAUAUUACCCAGACUUCAAAAAGUGGUGUGACAAUUACUUCUACGUCCGUCACCGAGGGGAGACGAGAGGCAUUGGUGGGAUCUUUUUUGAUGAUUUGGAUUCCCCCAAUCAGGAGGAGGUCUUUAAUUUUGUGAAGAGCUGCGCUAAAACUGUGGUGCCUUGUUACCUGCCCAUUGUGAACAAACAUCUAAACGACUCCUUUACCCCUGAGGAGAAGGACUGGCAGCAGGUCAGGAGAGGCAGAUAUGUGGAAUUUAAUUUAGUGUAUGACAGAGGAGUGAAAUUCGGCCUGGCCACACCUGGGUCUCGCAUCGAGAGCAUCCUGAUGUCCCUGCCACUUACUGCUAGGUGGGAGUACAUGCACGAGCCCACAAAAGGCACUAAGGAAGCCGAGAUGCUGGAGGUCUUACGGAACCCUAAAGAAUGGAUCUGAUUGAGAGGGAGACCAGUUUAACUAGCCAUCAGUAUUGGCAUUAUUAGAUACCAAACAUAUCAGCAACUUCAAUAAGUACAACACUGACUAAAAUAGACAGGACACAUUCUCAUCCUUUGACUCAUUGAUUGUUUUCAGUGACUGACUGCAGCACUGCAUGAUCACUGCCAUUGGCUGUAUAGAUUCACAUGAGAUGCAGUUUACUCCCGUGACAGUGUUACUUAGUUACAGCUUUGUUUCUGCUUGCACUGCUUUAAUCAUGACUACUGGUGUAUUCCAAACUUGUAAUGGCUUUGGUAUGCUGUUUUUGAAGGCAUGUGUUGAUCGCCUAUGUCUAGAGGGUCAUGUUUACCGUGAGUUGAUGCAAGCACCAUGCCAUUAUUGCUUUUCUUACCCUGUUCAUUUUUUUGUGCCUCACUUUAAGGUUGUUUUGUGUCCUGUCAUGUGCUAACAUGUCCUUAUACUUGUACUUUUUUUUUUCUUUACAGAUAUUAAAAUAGGAAUCAAAAUUAGGAGUAUUCUCAGGACAUUAUAAUGUUGAUAUUCUGUGUAUUACGAAACAAAAUAAAGUUUUUAUAUGUGGUUUAA